CCAUAUAAAAUUCCCGUACGGCGGGUUUUACUUGAAAUCUUAAGUUGGGUAGCACGGUUUGGUGUGCUACUUCGUGUGAAGAUAUCAUGACUUGUGUAAUUUCAGCUUCUCGAUUCACACUCUCCAUUUCCAAAUCCAUCAGCCUCUGCUCAUGUCCAAGGUCUAGGGUUUUCCCAUCUUCUUCUCUUUCUCUCCACUCUUCCAUUCGGAAAACCCAUCCAUUUUGCUCCGCCUCCAUGAGUCAAUCUGUUGAAACUAAUUCAGUUUCUACACCGGACGACGCCGGAGCAAAGGCGGAGGAGACACCCGCCGACGUUUUGAUUCAGUACGUGGUGCUUCGGAGAGAUCUGAUUGAUUCCUGGCCGCUUGGUAGCGUCGUAACUCAGGGAUGCCAUGCUUCUGUCUCUGCCAUUUGGUUGAAUAAAGAUGAUCCCCACACUUCCGACUACUGUAAUCCACAUAAUAUCGAUUCUAUGCAUAAGGUUACUCUUGAAGUGAAAGGAGAAACUCAAAUGGUUAACUUAUCAGAGAAACUCAAAGCGAACUCAAUCGUUCAUAAACUAUGGAUAGAACAACCAGAAAACAUUCCAACAUGUCUUGCUACAAAACCCUACCCCAAAUCUGUGGUAUCGCCAUUUUUUAAAAAGCUAAAACUCUUUCAUAUUAAAAUACGCAUGAUCAUACUUUUAUGAAGACACCUAGAAUUACAAACGAUUUCUGCAGAGAAAGAGAUCGUGGGGCAAAGACAAAGUAGCUUAUAAUCAUAAAAGAGAUACGUGGGAGAAGAAAGGCAAAAAAUUUCAGGUAAUCAAGGUACGUAUAUGAAUAUCUCUAUUUCUUAUACAGUAUAUAUUUUACACAAACACUGAUCAAAUUAACCAAACAAAGAUAAAAUUAGGUCAACCCUCCUCUCUAAACUUCACAGAUCAUGGGAAAAGUAACAACAACUGUAUAAGGUAACAGUGUUUUUAUCUACUGCAUAACAAGUUGUCUAGUGCACAUAGUGCAAUAGAACUUGCGUUUGGUUUUCCAGUAAAGAGGAACGAAACAGAACCUCCAUUGGCUUUCAACGUCAGUGGCUUGGAUCAUACCUCCACAGAAGGGGCAUACCCCUGGAGCUGGUUGCCUAGACAAAACCCUUUGAUCCUCAUCGCACACAAACACCAAACACAUCUUCUUCUUCACCUUCUUUAGGUUCUUGCUUUUCUUCUUAAGUCCUCUGGCUGAGGGAUUCUUUUUGCUAUUCGUUGGUCUGUUUUGUUAUGGGUUUGAAUGAAAAGUCUGGUUUUGGGAAAGUUGUGCACUUGGAAGAUUUUAUAGGGAAAGAUAAGGAAGUUUCAUGGAAUUUGUGGCUAAACCGCGUAUCUAGAAGAUUCUGACCCACUCCCGAAACUAUGAGAAGAAAAGUAUUGGAUCCUUAUGAAAAUUUCAGCCUCUUCUUGACAUUAAUAUUUUUGACUUUUGACUUUGACCAAUCCUCUUGGCUUCUUUGUCAAUUCUCAAUCGAAUUUAUCGUUCUAAA